AUGUCCAAUGGCAGCUCCAUCACCGAGUUCCUCCUCCUGGCAUUUGCAGACACACGAGAGCUGCAACUCCUGCACUUUGGGCUCUUCCUGGGCAUCUACCUAGCUGCUCUUCUUGGCAAUGGCCUCAUCAUCACAGCUGUAGCCUGUGACCACCGCCUCCACACCCCCAUGUACUUCUUCCUCCUCAACCUCGCCCUCCUUGACAUGGGCUCCGUCUCUGUUACUAUGCCCAGAUCCAUGGCCAACUCCCUCUGGGACACCAGGGCCAUCUCCUAUGCAGGAUGUGCUGCCCAGGUAUUUCUCUUUCUCUUUUUGAUUGUAGCAGAAUUGUGUCUUCUCACUGUCAUGGCCUAUGACCGCUACAUUGCCAUCUGCAAGCCCCUACACUACACGACCCUCCUGGGCAACAGAGCUUGUGCCAGUAUGGCAGCAGCUGCCUGGGGCGGUGGCUUUCUCAAUGCUGUCCUGCACACAGCCAAUACAUUUUCACUACCUCUCUGCAAAGGUAAUGCUGUAGACCAAUUCUUCUGCGAAAUUCCCCAGAUCCUUAAGCUCUCUUGCUCACACUUCUACAUGAGGGAACUUGUGCUUCUCAUGGUUAGUGUCUGUUUAGCUUUUGUUUGUUUUGUUUUCAUCUUUCUGUCCUAUGUGCAGAUCUUCAGCGCCGUGCUGAGGAUCCCCUCUGAGCAGGGAAGGCACAAAGCCUUUUCCACAUGCCUCCCUCACCUGGCUGUGGUCUCCCUGUGUCUCGGCACUGCCAUGUUUGCCUACCUGAAGCCCCCCUCCAUCUCUUCCCCAUCCCUGGACCUGGUGACAACAGUUCUGUACUCAGUGCUACUGCCAGCAGUGAACCCCCUCAUCUACAGCAUGAGGAACAAGGAGCUCAAGGAUGCCAUACAGAAAGUGAUUUCAUGGAUGUUUCUCAGUUGUGAUAAAUUUCCCAUCACUCUAUGCUAA